UUGUGUACAUUAGGCUGCCUUAAUUGAGUCCGGGAAGCAAAUCUCAGUGCGUGGACAAUGUGGUAACUGGUAACUGCAAUGUGUCUGCGCUCGCUCUGACCUGUUACUAUGGAGUUCGUUAGGUUAGCAAUUUUUAUAUUCACUACACUUAAUUGGGACCACAAUCAAGCAGAUGCCGAGUAUAUUACAGAAGGUGUGGCUGUUAAACUCUGAUCAAACAAUUCCAGACAACGGCACAACUAUAUCAACGUUGGACUUCGCGCCAUGCUCGUCCCUGCGAGCCGGCGACGUGGACUUCCAGACAGUGGACCUGCUCGCGGCGUACCGGAUAGACCGCGCCGACGCCAUGGGAGUCACCCUGGUUCAGGGCUCGCAGGAUCUCCAGAGAGCGUAUCGCAUAGGCGACGGCGCCAACCUCACACUGCCAAUACGGAAGGUGGUCCCCAACGGUCUGCCACCGUCGUUCAGCAUCAUCGGUACGUUCAACGCGCAUGGCCUCCGCAGACCGUGGAGCCUGGUGCGCGCCCGCAGCGAUGACCCUCACGUGCUGCACUUCUCCCUCACCCUGCUGCCCAUAGCCAAGAAGCUGGCCGUGCUGGUCCAGAGGAGCAGGGUUAUUUUCUCUUGCCCCGAGUUGUUUUCUCGCGGCUGGCACAAGAUGCACGUGGCCGUCACCAACGACACCGUGUAUGCCGCUGUGGACUGCGUUGAGUUGGAGCCCCUGUCGAUAGGUUCACAUGACUUUACCAACACCACAUCCCUCACCAUCGUGUCCAUCGACGACGGUACGCCCGCGCCCAUUGAUCUCCAGUGGCUGUCGUUGAGUUGCAACAAAUACAAACUGAACGAAGAUAGCUGUGAGGAAAUUGAUUUGCCGGAUUAUCUUAUUGCUACUCAAGCACCGCCGUUGUUCGGUUCCGGAGCCACGGCAAACAUCAAUCCGCUGCUGCCGGUCUGCAAUCGCACCUGCCCGCCGGGUCCCCCCGGGCCGGCGGGACAGAAGGGCGAGAUGGGUCCGCUGGGCCUCACCGGACUUCCGGGAGUUCGCGGGAUACAAGGUCUGCCAGGCCUGCAGGGACCACCAGGCCCCAAGGGCGAGAGAGGCGAGCGCGGUCUACCAGGCCUUACUUUUAACACAACGGCAGUGGAAGGGCCUCCUGGGCCGCAGGGCGAGCCUGGACCUAAAGGAGAUAAGGGCGAUCGUGGAGAAAGAGGGGAAGCUGGCGAGCCCGGUCUAGUCGGCCUGGCCGGCGUCGCGGGUCGAGACGGCAAAGAUGGAUUCCCCGGUCCACCGGGUCCAAGAGGCCCGCCGGGGGAUGUGGGGCCGAGAGGACCACCGGGCCCCACAGCUAACGUCAACGCGUCGCUCAUUAUUGGUGCCAAGGGUGAGAGGGGAGCCCCGGGCAGACCGGGACGGGACGGGGACGCGGGGCCGCGGGGUCUGCCCGGACAGGACGGUGUCGAUGGCAUACCAGGAGCACAAGGUCCUCCCGGCCUACAGGGCAUUCCAGGCGAGAGGGGGCUGAUUGGUUCCCCGGGACCAACCGGGGAGCGGGGACCGGAAGGACCACCGGGUCCAGCAGGCCCCCAGGGUGUGCCCGGCCCGCCCGGCCCGCCGGGGCUGCCGAGCGCCGCAGUCCCGGGCGAGGUUGUACCCGGACCGCCUGGACCACCAGGAGAGAGGGGACAGAAAGGUGAACCGGGUACCCCGGGUGUGCCGGGUCGGGACGGCGUAGACGGAGUGCCGGGGACGCCGGGGAUGAUGGGCCCGCCCGGACUGCCGGCGCCGUUUACCCUACCUGUACAGGCGCCAUCUUUAACGGAAAACGAUGUGCGGAACAUAUGCGAAGAUCUGUUGAGAGCCCGGUUACAGGAGUUAUCGUCUACAUUAGCAUCAGCAUCUCCUAGCGUCGGCCGCCGCGGGCCGCCGGGGAGGCCCGGGCCUGCGGGUGCUCCAGGUAGCCCAGGGGAGUCAGGUCCGCCCGGACCACGAGGUUUUCCGGGGGAGAGCGGGGAGGCGGGGAGGCCGGGAAGUCCCGGGCCAGCCGGCAGCAAGGGGGAGAAGGGCGAGCGGGGCCUACAGGGCGUCGGCCUGCCCGGACCAGAGGGACCGGCUGGGAUACCAGGUCUUCUAGGUCCACCAGGCCCAGAAGGUAGAUCAGGACCGAGGGGCGAUCCAGGUAGAGAAGGACCGAUAGGGCCACGAGGUGCGCCGGGCGCCCGCGGCAGCUGCGACUGUCCGCACGUCGCGUACUACGCUUAUAGCCCACAGGGGUACAACAAGGGACCGUAGACUAUUUUACUUAUAAAUACGAUGAAGAUGGUAGAUUAAUUUAAUAAAAUUUAAGAAUUGUACUGAUAAAGUUGCAACAUUAAGUUGCGGACGAAAUAAGUAUAGAGUUCUACGAUGCAUACACCGGCCCGGUCCGGAGUCCGGUAAAGUGAUUUUCAAUAGCCUGUUGCAAUGCUGUUGCAAGAUACACAGCCCUCCGUAAACCUAGCUUAUUUUGUAUGGCCCGUUGUCGCGGCGUGGAUUUUAAGGCUCGAUUUAUUUGCGGUUUGGCCGCUACACAACAAUAUCACAAGCAUAUUUUGUAUG